GUCAAAAUAAGACAAUGUCAUUGAUAGGCAUUGAAUCGAGUUUGAAGUUAUUCUCGUGUUAACCUAUUUGUGAAAUCCUUACGUAAGAAAAUUAAAUAUAGUUAACUAAAAAAUGGGGAACCAAGUCUUCGCUGAAGCAGUUCCUCCCAAAAUACAUGAAGUCAAAGGAAACCCUCCUCCGGAAUGCCCUAUGCACAACAAAGAUGGUCCUGCAAAAAAUGAUAGCAAAGCAACACCUUCGGAAUGCCCUGUUCAGCAUGAUAAUAAUAUCAAUCCAUACAAUAUGAUGCCACCAGCUAAUCAACAACCUGCUCCAGACCAACCAUUCACUCUUCCAACAAAUCGUCAAGUAUCAUCUAUUCCUAGAGCCAUGCCAGACGGUUCCACAGAGUUCUGGGUGUAUCCCAGUCAGCAAAUGUUCUGGAAUGCAAUGUUACGCAAAGGCUGGAGAUGGAAGGAUGAGGACAUAAAACAGAAAGAUAUGGAGGAUAUAAUUAGAAUACACAAUGCCAAUAAUGAACAAGCAUGGCAAGAAGUUUUAAAAUGGGAAGCACUACAUGCCAAAGAGUGUGGUCACCCCAGGUUGAAGAGUUUUGGAGGGAAAGCCACACAGUACAGUCCCAGAGCAAUGAUGCGCUCUUGGUUGGGAUAUGAGCUACCCUUUGAUCGUCAUGACUGGAUUGUGGAUAGGUGUGGUCACGAUGUCCGCUAUAUAAUUGAUUAUUAUGAUGGUGGUGAAGUUGACAACAAAUUCCAAUUUGCUCUACUGGAUGUCAGACCAGCAAUGGACUCAUUUGACAAUGUCUGGGACAGAAUGAAAGUGUUUUAUAUGAGAUACAGAUAUGAAAUAAUAGGCGACAAAAAGGAUAACAAAUUGGCUAAUUAGGGAACCAUAAUCUGUGUUGUUAACUGUAUGUAGUUUUAGAUUUUAGUACAAAACUUACAUUUUAGCUAAUCUAUAAAAGUUAAGAAUUUGUUUCCUUUUAUUCAACUUGGGGAAGUUAUUAUUCUAACAAACACAAUAUUAUUUUAUCAGGUGGGGUGGUUCUGUCGACAAUUAAUGUCACGGCAGUCACUCUUUGUGAUUUGGAAUAUUUAUUUUUCUAAAAUGUUUUAGCAUAACACAAUCUUAGUAUUAUUUUAGUUUUGUUAUUGUACAUUUAGUAGUAUAUAUACCUCAUACUAACCAUUUAGUAUAUCUUGUCAAAUAAGUAAUUGAAAUUGAAUAUUAAAAUGGCAAUUGAACAAUGCAAUCUAUUUUUCCUAGUGAAUAAUAUAUUUUAUUGU